AUGAUGGGUACCAUAACUUUCUCAUUGGAAAAUUCGAAAGAGGGCAUAUCAGCGCUUGAAGCAGGCGUAUCGCAAUUGGUGUCCAAGUUACCUUUUCUUGGUGGCAACGUGGUAUGGACAAUCGACCCCGACAGCGGAAAGGGGGUGGGAGAGGUUCAUCCACCAACGGCAGCUACAUGGAGCACAUAUCCCAUGCUGUGUGUUAGACAUCAUGGUGGUAAAUACACUCCAGUAUCAUACGAAAGGCCCACCGGCCCAGGCCGAUGCAAUACGGUCUCUUAUGACGACAUCUUCCGUGAGGAGUUUUUGCCAAUGCCAUUGGACACAGUCCUUGCUGAAACACACCCUGUGCUACGAUUUCAAGCAAACGUUCUCGAAGAUGGUAUCAUCCUGUGCGCAAGCGUCCAUCAUAAUGCUAUAGACGGGAGGGGAAUCUACACCGUUAUGGAAGCAUUGGCUGCAUGUUGUCGGAACCCGACCAACGUACAGCAGAAUGAGCUGGCCAUUGACCCAAUCAGCGAAGCCGUGUGCCGCAAGCGUCUCUCUGCCGCAGCCUCACCAGCACCUGAUGCAUUUGUGGUACUGAGAGGGGAGAAUUGCCCUAUUCCAGCUGCACCUGACCGGGGCCCUCAGGCGCCCAUCACUCGGCUGCUCGUUCUGAGUGGCGAGAGAGUCAUACAGCUCAGGAGCAUGUGCAAUGCACUCGUACGAGAUGAGGCUCGCGGCGAUGCCGAGUCCUCGGAAGUCGAGAACCCGAAGCUGGCAUUGUCCAGCCACGACAUUAUCUCAGCCUUGAUGUGGCUUUGCGUCCUUCGAUCACGAGCUCGAUCAGAUCCUCAAUUUCCGAGGCAAGGGAAAUCGCACUUUGCGUUCGCGACUGAUGUUCGCACACUCAUGUCUGAAGAUCUCUGGACUACGUACAUUGGAAACUGUGUCAUUCCGGCUACUAUAGAAUCGCCAUUCUCGAUCCAGGACGCAGUCAAGUCUGCAUCGGCAACCAUCUCGUCUCCUGGCCAAUUCGAUCUAUCUUUAAUUGCUCGCCUAGCUCUAGCGGUCCGAUCCGGGUUCAGGUCUGUCGGCAAAACCCAAGUUACAGAUGUUAUUUCUUCGAUUGGGUCAAGAAAUGAGGAGAUGUUAAGCGCCUGCGCUGCCGAUUUCGGCAUCAGUAGCAUGCGGCAUACGGGGUUUUAUAAGUUGAAGUUUGGUCCAGUCCUUGGUAGAGUUGCACAUGCCGAUAUACCGGACCCUCGAAUGCAGAAUCAGGCAUGGGUGCUGCCCGAUCGGUAUGUUGGCCACUACGCGAGGUCACCCUGGGAAAUCCGCAUUGCACUGGAGCCGAUGGUGAUGGAGUAUUUGCUUGAAGAUCGGCUGUUUGGGUGGAUGCAAGGCACGGAGCUAUGCAAGUUAUGA